AUGAGCUCGCAUCACCUGCCUGCGAAGGACGAAAACCCUUUUGGAUACACCUUUAGCACCGAAGACAUCGACCAUGCCGCUGCCGAAGAGAACGUUACCGUAGCCGGCCCGCCUCUGCUCAACGACUUCCAGAACACCCAGCUGCAGAACUUCUUCGACCAGGGCCCUUUCAACACAUUCAAUUUCACUGACCUGCAGGAUCCCUCGACCGCCUUCAACUUCGACUUCUUUUCCGAGGCUCCUCCUACUUUCCACGGCACUGUCAACGAUGCCACCCAUGCCAACACCAUAUUCGGCGCGCACCUGGGCCCCGAGUACGCCGUCCCGCCCCACAGCGAUGCGCGAGGAGGAGCAUCGGACGAGGUCAUUGGCGCCGCGAAUGCCCUGCUCUCGGGCACCCAGCCGCAGCCUGAUCCGACGUAUACUGAGAAGGAUUGGGGCAACUUCAUGGGCUUGCCGAGCCCUCCGGCUUCCGCGGCUUUCACCUCUGGUACCGACCAGCGCGGCUUGACCGCUCCAGCAAAUGCCGACAAUGACAGCAAGCCUCUCAAUUUCUUCGAUCCACACAACUUUGCAGCCGUGGCCGCUUCUUCCUCUGCCUCUGCUCGGAGACGACCCGCUCCCAACUUUGGCUCCGACACGAGUUUCCAAGGGACAGGCUUCAUAGCCCCAUCAAAGGAUGACAACGUACCUCACGUUUGGGGCCGACUUCUCACCGAUCUGGCCGUGCUUCGUCCGUCGGAAAGCGGUCCAAAUACCCGCCCGCCUUCGCAGCCGAACAGCCCAAUGCAGCAGAAGCGACCUUCGCUUAGCUACCCAACCUACACCCAAGCCGCUCCUCAGGUGAAACAGCAGCCAAGCAGUCCAAAGCGUCCCCGCCUUCCUUUGGAUCUCGUUCCCAUCGAGCCUACUCCCGCCGCGUCUGAUGACGAGUCUGCAUCCGAUGGUGACAUCAGUCCUGGUGGCAGAGCCUUCAAGCGCCGUCGCACUCUCAAUGAGAACGGCCUCCCAGCCCGUCCAAGACUGGGCGACAUUGCGCCGCCUUCGGCUUCCUCGCAGCGGUCAUCCUCGUUCAGCGUCGCUGCACGCCCGAGAAAGCAGCGGGACUCCACUGUCGAGGCCCCAGCGAAGAAGCGGUCCGCUGCCAAGCAGCCUCGGGAGAAUUUGUCCGAGGAACAGAAACGCAGCAAUCACAUCUUGAGCGAGCAGAAGCGGCGCAACCUCAUCAAGCAGGGCUUUGACGAGCUGAAUGAGCUCGUCCCUGGGCUGAAGGCCGGCGGCUUCAGCAAAAGCAGCACUCUCAUGGAAGGCGCAAAGUUCCUAGAAACCCUUAUACUUGGUAAUCAGAUCCUUCGGCAGGCGCUUGGUGAUGUUUGA